UCUUCUCACCAACAACCGGUAAAGGAAAGGAACUCUCUCACGUUCAACAUUUGGCUAAAUUAAAUUAGAAUAAAAUGAAGGUUAUAGUACACCCCUCUUCCUAAUCUCUCAAAGAUUGCCCUCCCCAAUAUUCCCCCACCGCAUCUCUCCUCCAUUCACUGGCCCUCCUGAUACAUACUUAAGAGACCCCGUCGAGAGGAUCUUUUCCCUAUAAAGAGAAGAUGCGAUCCGAGCGCCUUUGAAAUGAUCCUCAGGACUUAUUGCGACAGGCCCUUCAGUCGCACUUCAAAAGGACGAGUCUUGAAAGCCGCUGCUUUUUAAAAAGGGACCCAGAAAACCAGCAGCAAGAGCGCGGAGUGGCCAACGACUCUUACAGCCGAUAAAGGACAGGAGUAGCAAGAGCGAAUCGAUGGAUUAUUGAUGAGAACUAUAUCUAAACUCAUGCACCGGUAACCUGACUGUGUAGCGGGGUCAAUCCGAGCAGGAUCUUUGCGCGCCUCCUCGCCCUCGUACCCGCGCACUCUGACUUUGGCUCGGUUACGCACUGUGCGCCGCGCUUUUACGCAGGUGUGGAUAUUUUGAAGAUCCAGUGCACACAUGGCUGCGUUAACCUUAUCCAGAGCGGACAAUUUCCUGCACAAUUUCUUACAGGAUCGUACUCCCAGCUCCUCUCCAGAGAGCGGUCCUAACACCCUUUCUUUUUUGGCCACCACAUGCAGUCAGGCUUGGCAGGAGGGGUCACAGCUCCCUUACGAGGGUCCCGUGGGCUCUGCUACCAGCAUGUUUCAGCUCUGGAGCAAUGAUGUGGCCCCUAACUCCAGCUUGAGCGCUCACCAGAUGACCUUUACCAUGCCCAAAAUGCAGUUCCCCGGCCACAUGCAGCCCACCCUGGGCUCGCACGCCCAUCAUCACCAUCAUCACCACCAUCACCACCACGAGCUGCCCCUCACACCUCCGGCCGAGCCCCCUUCUGCCUACUCGUUCGAGCUGUCUCCGGUAAAGAUGCUCUCCUCCCAGACGCAGGGGAACGCGGCGUACUACGCGCAGCACAACGCUGUGGGUCAGAACUUUCCCAGCUUCCUUCAAAACGCUUCAGGAAGACCUCACCUGCCCGGCGGGCACGUCGAGGACGGCCAGCAGUGGUGGAGUCUCCCUCAGACUAGCAGCGCACCCUCCAGUCACCCCUUUUCUCUGGGACGGCAGCUGGUUUUGGGCCACCAGCCUCAAAUUGCUGCACUUCUGCAGGGCACCUCAAAGGGUCUGUUGAGCUCCACUCGUCGCUGUCGCAGGUGCAAAUGCCCCAACUGCCAGUCCUCGGGAAACGGAGGUGCUGCUCUAGAGUUCGGGAAGAAAAGACUGCACAUUUGUCACAUUCCAGAUUGUGGCAAGGUUUACAAAAAAACCUCUCACCUGAAGGCGCACCUGCGCUGGCACGCCGGCGAGCGUCCCUUCAUCUGCAACUGGCUCUUCUGCGGGAAGAGCUUCACACGCUCAGAUGAGCUGCAGAGGCAUCUCCGCACACACACCGGGGAGAAGCGCUUCGGCUGUCAGCAGUGUGGGAAAAGGUUUAUGCGGAGCGAUCAUCUCUCCAAGCAUGUGAAGACCCAUCAGAGCAGGAAGAGCCGGUCCGGUCAGCCCGCUCACAGUGGGACUGAUGCACUGCUAAGCAACAUCAAGAGAGAGUAGAGAAGGCAAAAUGCAAAAGAACUCAAUAUAGUAUCCGGAAUGAGACCAGAGACCUUACAAGGACGUUUGCGUCAUCUUAACAGAUAUUCCAAACAGCAAUAGGGACAUGGGCCUGUUUCCAUUGUACUUUAUUUGAAAACACUGGAGCGAACGCACACGAUGCUGCACCGAAACCAACCUUUGAGAUUUUAAAGAGACUUACGGUCACAGCAGAAGUUCUCUCAUUGUGAUAUAUCUAAUAAAAGUGACAUUUUGUUAUGGCUCUGGAUGCAAA